AUGGCUCAUUAAGAUCUAUACAAAAGUCAAGGAGAUGAAAUAUUCCAACAUCUUGAAAGAAAUGCUAAUCUCUACCUUUAAACUUAGAACAAGCAUAUCUAAUGUUAAGAUAAUUUAACACCUUAAUUAAUUACUCCAAAAAUUCCUGAGAUUUCAAGUCUAAAGGAAAUUAACUUAGUCAACUCCCUUGCUGAAACUGGGAAUGGGUAAAUUUGCUCCGUUAAAUUGAUAUGUCAGAAAUGCAAAAAGUAAAUUCAAACUAAACUCCGCAGAAGAGUAGGAAAAGGCACAUACACAGUUUCAUGUCUCUUACUUCUAUGUUCUUUUGGAAUUUUGUGUCUAGCCUGUCUACCUUGCUAUAUGGAUGAUUGCAAGGAUAUCAUUCAUAUUUGUCCAGAUUGCCAUCAUCCAAAUGGAUCAACGCCAUACUAAUUUUUUGAAUGA